AUGCUACCUACCAAGCUGUUUUUGAUUUUACUAAGUUGUGUAGUUUUGGGAGCCGUGGCUAAGUUACAGCCUGAAGACUCAAAGAAUUACAUUUUCGGACAAAAUGCCCUGUUAAUAAUUGCAUUGGCUAUCCCAUUUUGUUUAUGUCUGUUGCAAAGCAAGGAGUUUGUGAAAGCCGACAACAAAGCCGUGGUCAUUACAGGAUGCGAUUCAGGAUUUGGCCAUUCCCUUGCAAUAAGACUUCACAAAUUGGGCUACACAGUAUAUGCUUGCUGCCUCUUCUCUCAGCAGGAAGGAGCCAAAGGACUCCGGAAAAUAGGAGGAUCGAGAAUGCACGUAUUGCAAGUCGAUGUUACAAGUGAGGCUCAAAUUCGGGAAGCCACAGAAUACGUGAAAUCGACACUUGGAAACACGGAGUUGUGGGCACUCGUUAACAAUGCCGGAAUUGCUUCCUAUGCAGAGAUUGAAUGGUGUGCCGUAAAUGUAUUUCAGCGCAUAAUGGAUGUCAAUGUGAUUGGUGUGGUUAGAAUGACUAAAUCUUUUCUACCUUUGCUGAGGACAACUAAGGGAAGAGUCAUCAAUGUGGCAAGCCUAUCGGGUCGUUACACUUUACCGGCUUUUGCUGCCUAUUCUAUGUCCAAAGUGGCUUGCAUUGCAUUUUCGGAUGGCCUGCGACAGGAAAUGAGCAAAUUUGGGAUCAAAGUCAUUACAGUUGAACCAGGACUUUACAGGACACCAAUCGCAGUUCAAAUGAUGGCUGAAAGCAAGAAACGGUGGGACGAUACUCCGACAGAGAUCAAAGAUGCAUAUGGAGAAGAAUACUUUGCAGAAAUCUUCAGUUGCUCGAUGCACCGACCAUACCCUGGUGUCUAA